CAAGAACACCAGUUUACACAAAAAUAGCAAAUAUUAAGAGAGCCUCGUUAGUCGUGCACAUUUCUUUUCACCGCCUGGAUUUAUAUCUGUGUUCCACUCUCCUCUUCAUGUUUUCAUUUUCACACAUGUAAUUUACCCUCUCUCUCUCUAGAAAACAGUGAGUCCAGCGCUGUUUCCCAAAGAAAACCCUCUCAUCAUCGUCAUCUCUCUGCGUCUAAAUUUUCACGCUCACCGACGAUAAUGGAUAUGGAUUCUUCCCAUCCCAACUGGCUCGUCUUCUCGCUUUCCAACCACUCCCUUUUCCAACCCUCUUUCACCUCCAACCCUAGUAGUAGCAGCAGUGCAGUGGAUCAUCAUCAAGAUAAUGGAAGCGGCGCCGUUCUCGGAGGCGGCCCUAAGCUGGAGGAUUUCCUGGGUAGCUCCGGCGGCGCUGCGGUGGCUCAGUUUGACGGCAUGCCGGAGAUGGAGAUAUAUGAUGACUCCGAGCUCAAGACAAUUGCUGCUAGCUUCUUGCGAGGGUUUUCCACCGAACAAACCAAUACUAACCUCCAGAAACAAACUGCGGCUGCGCCGCCGCCUAAGAAGGCGGUCGAAACUUUCGGCCAGCGCACCUCAAUCUUUAGAGGAGUCACUAGACAUAGAUGGACUGGAAGGUAUGAAGCUCACUUGUGGGAUAAUAGUUGCAGAAGAGAAGGGCAAAGUCGGAAAGGAAGGCAAGGUUUGUAUCUCUGUGGAUAUGAUAAAGAAGAGAAAGCAGCUCGCGCUUAUGAUCUCGCCGCCCUCAAGUACUGGGGUCCGACCACCACAACUAAUUUUCCGGUGUCUGACUAUGAGAGGGAAAUGGAGGAAAUGAAGCACAUGACGAGGCAGGAAUUCGUUGCCUCACUUAGGAGAAGAAGUAGUGGGUUUUCUAGAGGGGCCUCCAUUUACAGAGGAGUAACAAGGCAUCACCAGCACGGUCGGUGGCAAGCAAGGAUAGGAAGAGUGGCCGGAAAUAAAGAUCUCUAUCUUGGCACCUUCAGCACUCAAGAAGAAGCAGCAGAGGCUUAUGACAUCGCUGCGAUCAAAUUCCGCGGCCUAAACGCCGUUACCAACUUCGACAUGAGCCGUUAUGACGUGAGGAGCAUCGCCAGCAGCAAUCUUCCCAUCGGCGGCGCUAACAACAAGCCCAAAACGACGUCGGAAUCGAUACCGGAAAACAAAAGCGCCGAAGUGCUGCCGUCGGAAGACAAGAACACUGCCGCCUCGCUCCCAUUUCCGGCGCAGAACACCGCCGCAACGAUAAGUUUCGCCCUUCCCAUCAAGCAAGAUCACUCGUCGAAUUUGUGGGCCGCAUUGGGCUACCAAAAUUCGGCCGAUAUAAAAAACCCUAAUCAUGGGGCCGCCGUUUUUCAAGGCAAUGGCACGACACCGUUUGGCGUGGAGUUUCAGCUCAACGAUAAUGAGGGUUUCUACAACUACCAGCAGCAAGGCGGCGGCGGUGCGCGUGGCGUGGCGGUGCAGAAUGGUACAAGUCAUGAAGCGGUGGGUAUGAGCAACUGGAUUGAACCGGCGGCGGCGAAGAGCAAUCUGUCGUCGUACCAAACACCGAUAUUUGGGGUGGAGUGAAAAGCGGUGGGUAAAAGAAUGGAAACAAGGGGAGGUGGGGUGGUCAAAAAAGGAGAGUUUGGGACUUUUGCUUUUUUGCAUGGGAUUGACAAUCAUUUCACACCAACUAUCACCCAAAUUUUAUUCUACUCUCUCUUUCUCUUUUGAGUUCUUGGUGGGCAUGCAUUGUUUGUCCAAAUUGUGGAAUUAUUACUUCUUAGGAGGGUAAUUAAUCAUCUGCUAAUUGAUGAGUUAAUAAAAAGAGAUGGAGUUGCAAUGUA